AUGCCAAAGCAAAUUGCUCCAACGGUGUACUCCAUCUCAAGAAAGAAGAACAGGACAGUUAAAGAUGCCCUUUUAAAUGGUAAAUGGAUUACUGACUUAAACGUGGUCAGACUAUCGUCGGCAACACAGAUCGCCGAAUUCGUCAACCUCUGGGACACUGAAGAUCUCAAACUUGAGCGAGUCCUAAAGAAGGCUUCAAUGGGAGAUAAUACAGUUAUGUUGACUACACUUAAUGCUGCAUGGGCUUCUCCUGGUUCAGUGAUAGAUCUUUUCAUCGACAGCUUUCAUUCUGGUGUUAGAACAAGUUUGCUGUUGAAACACCUUGUUAUUGUAGCAUUUGAUUGGAAUGCAUACGAGCAAUGUGUCAAAAUCCAUCCCUAUUGCUUUGCUCUGGGAACUGAGGGUGUGGAUUUCUCCGAAGAGAAAAGGUUUCUUACUUCUGGAUAUCUGGAGAUGAUGUGGAGAAGGCCAGAUUUCUUGCGGCUGGUUCUUGAAAAAGGUUACAACUUCAUAUUCUCGGAUGCAGACAUAAUGUGGUUUUGCAAUCCGUUCCCACAUUUCUAUCCUGAUGUAGACUUUCAGAUUGCAUGUGACCACUACGUCGGCAACGCAACUGACUUGAGAAACAUUGCUAAUGGAGGCUUCAGCUAUGUGAAAUCAAAUGAACGAGACAUAGAGUUUUACAGUUUCUGGUAUUCAUCACGACUGAGGUAUCCUGGCUAUCAUGACCAGGAUGUAUUCAAUGCUAUAAAGCAUGAUCCUUACAUUGUAGGCAUUGGAUUGACAAUUAAGUUUCUAAGUACAAAGUACUUUGGAGGAUUCUGUGAACCAAGCAGAGAUCUGAAUGAAUCUGCAGUCUGCACUAUGCAUGCUAAUUGUUGCAUUGGGUUGAGAAGCAAGAUUCAUGAUCUGAGGAUUAUGAUGGAGGACUGGAGGAGUUAUUUGCCCUUGCCUCCAAAUUUAAAAAGAUUGUGGACAUCAGCUUGGAGGGUGUCACAAAAUUGCAGUCUUUCGUCAUCACACCGAUAAACCAUGCUGAGGAUCAAGAAAAGGAAGCGAUAUCACUCGUUCCAUGUAUUUUGAUUGAAGAAUUAGUUCAAAGGUUGACUCCUAACCUUUUUAGCAUAUAGUUUUUCCUUUUGCCAACUUCGGCAUGAUAAUUUCAUUUCUACCUACAGUAUGACUCAUGACUACUUAAUUAGUAAUAGGUUACAAUGUUAAUUGCUGACCUGGAUGAUAAGUUUCAAUCAUUUAAGAAUAAAGCUAAUUUAUUUACGUG